AUGUUGAGGAUUUGCACCAGAACUAUGGUAAACGUUGGGCUGCUACAUCCCUGUGGCUUGGUGAAAUCCUGUCACUUGGUGAAGUCUGUAUCAGCCUCUCUGGUGACUGGCAGAUACUUCACCCACCAGACAGGACUGCCCAAGAUGCCUGUCCCCCCUCUGCAGCAGACCUGUGAGCGCUACCUCAGCCUUCUGGAGUCCAUUGUGGAGGAGGAUGAGCUGAAACGCACAAAAGCACUGGUAGAAGAGUUUCAGAAAGCAGGAGGGGUUGGAGAGAGACUGCAGAGGCGCCUGGAGAUCAGAGCAGAGAACACUGACAACUGGUUAGCAGAUCAUGUGACUCGGGUUUAUUAUCUUACCUGCCGGACUUCUGUGGUUGUUCAUUCCAACGUUGGGGGUGUUUUUCCCAGAAUGGACUUCAGGGAUAAGCAUGGACAAAUAAGGUGUGCUGCCGAAAUGAUCGCAGCGGUUCUGGAAUUUAAGACACAGGUUGAAAAUGAGACACUACCAGUUGAGUAUAUGGGAGGGAAGCCCCUGUGUAUGAAGCAGUACACCAAAAUACUGUCAUCCUGUCGCAUCCCUGGUCUGGAGACAGACUCUCUGGUGUUCCAUGCCAAGAGCUCCAACCCCCCCAAACAUGUCAUCGUAGCACAUAACUCUCAGUUCUUUGUGUUGGAGGUCUACAACAGUGACGGGACGCCGUUGACAGUUGAUCAGCUUUAUGUUCAGCUAGAAAGAAUCUGCAACUCCUCACCAGAAAGCAAUGCGGAGCCUGUCGGCGUCCUUACCACCCUGGACCGUGACUCCUGGAGCAAAGCUUACAUCAGCCUGAUCAAGGAUGAGACCAAUAAAGAAUCACUGUCGGCCAUUGAAAGGAGCAUCUGCACAGUGUGUUUGGAUGGACCCAUGCCUCAAGCAUCUGAUGAAACAUACAGCAGACGUUCUGCGCUCCAGAUGUUGUAUGGAGGUGGCAGCCAGUGGAACAGUGCUAACCGCUGGUUUGACAAAUCGCUGCAGUUAAUAAUUGGAGAAAAUGGGACACAUGGUUUCAAUGCGUCACAUGCCGUUUGUGAUGGUACAGUCCAUAUGGGCAUAAGUGACUAUAUUAUCGCAUCUAUAAAGAAACCAGAAAAAAUGCAGUCUGACAUGGUUCCUUUGCCCAUGGCCCACAAACUACACUUCAACAUCACACCUGAUAUCAAGAAGGACAUUGAGAUGGCAAAGCAGAAGAUGGACAUAAUCCCCCAUGACAUGGAUUUGGAGGUUUUGUCAUUUGACCACUUUGGGAAAAGUGCUCUAAAGGCCCAUAAGAUGAGCCCUGAUGCUUUCAUACAGAUUGCAAUACAGCUGGCCUACUACAGGAUGCAUCAGAGACCCUGUCCGUCGUAUGAAACUGCCUCCCUACGUACGUUCAAAGAUGGAGGUAUAGACAUUUUUCCUACAACCUCAAGUGCCUCAGUUGCAUUUCUCAAGGCCUUUGAUGAUCCCAAAAAACAGAAUACAGAAAAAGUUGAUUUCCUUGAGAAGGCUAUGAAAGUACACAAGUGGAAAACUAACUUGGCAUGCAGUGGACAGGGUGUCUAUGGACUCCUUGACUGUCUGAGAAAGGAGGUGGAUGAAGAAAACACCUCCGUACCUGACAUCUUCACAGACCCCUCCUACAGUACAGCCUUUGACAACACAGUUGCUACAACCCAG